AUGGCUACACUCUCUGUGCCGUCGCCUAACCUGGGCUCAGCUUCAUUGUGUGACAGCAUCCACAGGCCACUCUCCACCCAUGGCCUGCCAAAGCAGCCGCGUACAAUGUCACCCGAACGACCACAUCGGUUUUCAGCAAAGAGUUACCCUCCUCCAGCUCUUGUUCACACUCCCAUGACACCACAGUCGUUGGGACCAAUGUCUCCCCCACCCAUGUCAGCAAAGUCCUUUGGGACGUUCAUCGACUCAGAGCCAUCGACACCAGCCUACUCACCAAGAAUGGAUCACGAGUGGGGCGACUCAUCGGUGGUCUUAGUCCGACCUAUGUCUUCGUCCUCAGAGCCAUCCAGCCCUACGGAGCCUGUAUGGCGCAUGCUGCAACCACUGCCGGUAAAGGCUCCGCCCAAGCCUAAGGCUGUCGUUGCAAGUCCUCAAUCUAUAGAAACAGCCACUACCGCCAAGGAGAUCUCAACGAACACUUCGCUUUCAUCACAUCCUACUAAACAGGCGAGGCACAUCAGUCGCCCACAAGAGAUCAAGCUGGCAAAUCUAUCGCAGCAAGACUACACCCCAAAGAGUGAAGAUAUUGCAAAGGACGAUGAGAAAAGGCUACAAGAACAGACUGCCAGCACUCCCACCGCGGCGACCUUUGGCAAGCUGGCGACAAAGAUGAAGUUAAUGUUACGAAGGAAGAACACAAACGCAAAGAAGAAAGAGAAGAAGAAGAGGCAGUACGAAGAAGUCGACCGUAUCGAGGACGUCCACUGGACAGAGAUGUGA